AUGGAGGCAGACAGGGCCGGUGCGGCCAAGGAGGGUUCCAAACAGCCCGAUGCCGUCUCCGAGCCCGGAGUAAAAGCGUCAACACCUGUGCCUGACGUGGGUGAUGCGCCGGAUCCAGAUGAGGAUGACUUGGAUGACCUGGACGACAUGCUGGACGAGUUCUCUGCAGUGAAGGUGGAUUCCAAGCAACCGCCCAAAGCAUCGGGUCUUGGGAAAGCAACAGAAACAGCCACUGCUUCUGCGACUGCUCCUGCGACUGCUCCCCCUUCGGAUGCCGCUGCUACGACGUUGAACACGGAUGUACCGCCGGUUGGACCUGAUGAUUUUUCGGAGGAAGACUUUGAGAAGCAAUUACAGGCUGGCAUGGCCGAGUUGAUGAAUGACCUAGAGGACUCGCCCGAUAUGAAAGCACAGUUCGACAACAUAUUCAAAGGGCUAGGAGCAGCCGCAAGCGCGGGCCCAGCAGAAGCAUCGACUUCAGUUCCAGAGACAGGUUCAAAAAUGGCGUCUGACCUCAGUCAAGACGCGAGUUUCCAAGAAACGAUUCGCAAGACCAUGGCGCGAAUGCAGGAAUCGGGCAACCAAGCAACGGCCGCCGCCGCAGCAGAAGGGCCUGAUGACGACUUCCUUGCUGAGAUGAUGAAAGCCAUGAAGGAUAUUCCAGGCGGUGACGGCAACGAGGAGGACUUCUCGAAGAUGCUGAUGGGGAUGAUGGAACAGCUCACCAACAAAGAGAUCCUCUAUGAGCCGAUGAAGGAGUUGAAUGACAAGUACCCAGGAUGGAUGGCCAAGAACCAGGAUACGCUAAAGCAAGAAGAUUUAAAGAGAUACCAAGAGCAACAGGUUCUGGUCGCGCAGAUGGUCGCGAAAUUCGAAGAGCCUACGUUUGCGGACUCCAACGCCGCCGACAGAGAGUAUAUCGUUGAUCGCAUGCAGAAGAUGCAAGAUGCAGGCUCGCCGCCGCACGAUCUGGUCGGAGAUAUGCCGUCGGCGAAGGAAGUCCUCGAUGGGCCUGACGAGUCCUGCACCCCACAAUGA